GAGAGCAUGCAGACCAUGGCUGAGAGGAAGCAGUCUGGUCGGCAGGGCGAGGAGGAAGAAGUGCCGGCCUUCUUCAAAAACCUGGGCUCGGGCAGCCCCAAGCCCCGGCAGAAAUUCUGUGGCAUGUUCUGCCCCGUGGAAGGCUCCCUGGAGAACAAGACCAUCGACUUUGAUUCCCUCUCCGUGGGCCGCGGAUCUAACAAAGUCGUGGCAAAGCAGAAGGAUGUUGCCCACCUAGGUCCGGAUGCUCAGUCUGUCUAUUCCAGACAGAGCGGGAAGGGAGGGGAACCAUCUGUUGAUUUCGGAAGAAAGGUGGAGAUCAAGAGUGCCACUGGGAAGGAGGCGCUGCAGAACCUGAAUGACAAGAGUGAUCGGCUCUUGAUCAAAGGUGGUAAAAUAGUUAAUGAUGACCAGUCUUUCUAUGCAGACAUUUACAUGGAAGAUGGGUUGAUAAAGCAAAUAGGAGAGAAUUUGAUUGUGCCAGGAGGAGUGAAAACCAUCGAAGCCCAUGGCAGGAUGGUGAUUCCAGGGGGCAUUGACGUUCACACCCGCUUCCAGAUGCCAGAACAGGGGAUGACAUCGGCCGAUGACUUCUUCCAAGGCACCAAGGCUUCGCUGGCGGGGGGCACCACCAUGAUCAUUGAUCAUGUGGUUCCCGAGCCCGGGUCCAGUUUGCUGGCUGCCUUUGACCAGUGGCGAGAAUGGGCAGACAGCAAAUCCUGCUGUGACUAUUCCCUGCACGUGGACAUCACGGAGUGGCAUAAAGGUGUCCAGGAGGAAAUGGAAGCUCUGGUCAAAGAUCAUGGUGUGAACUCCUUCCUGGUUUACAUGGCUUUCAAAGAUCGCUUUCAGCUAACUGAUUCUCAGAUAUAUGAGGUUCUGAGCGUAAUCCGGGAUAUUGGUGCCACAGCACAAGUCCAUGCUGAGAAUGGUGACAUCAUUGCUGAGGAGCAGCAAAGGAUCCUGGACCUGGGAAUUACAGGACCUGAAGGGCAUGUGUUGAGCAGACCUGAAGAGGUGGAGGCAGAGGCUGUGAACCGGGCAAUAACCAUCGCCAACCAAACCAACUGCCCCCUCUACAUCACCAAGGUGAUGAGCAAAAGUGCCGCUGAUGUCAUUGCUCAAGCCCGGAAAAAGGGCACCGUGGUGUACGGGGAGCCCAUCACAGCCAGCCUGGGUACCGAUGGCUCCCAUUACUGGAGUAAGAACUGGGCGAAGGCAGCCGCGUUUGUCACCUCCCCACCGCUGAGUCCUGACCCCACCACUCCUGACUUCCUCAACUCUCUGCUGUCCUGUGGAGACCUCCAAGUUACUGGCAGUGCCCACUGCACCUUCAACACUGCUCAGAAAGCUGUCGGAAAGGACAAUUUUACCCUGAUCCCUGAAGGAACCAAUGGGACUGAAGAGAGGAUGUCCAUCAUCUGGGAUAAGGCUGUGGUGACUGGCAAGAUGGAUGAGAACCAGUUUGUGGCUGUGACCAGCACAAACGCAGCUAAAAUCUUCAACCUUUACCCAAGGAAGGGCCGUAUUGCAGUGGGCUCUGAUGCCGAUCUGGUUAUCUGGGAUCCUGACAGUGUCAAGACAAUCUCUGCCAAGACUCAUAACAUAUCUGUGGAGUACAACAUCUUUGAGGGCAUGGAGUGCCGCGGAUCUCCCCUGGUCGUUAUCAGCCAGGGCAAGAUCGUGCUGGAGGAUGGAAAUCUCCAUGUAACUGAGGGCUCUGGACGGUAUAUCCCCAGGAAACCAUUUCCUGACUUCGUUUACAAGCGCAUCAAAGCCAGGAGCAGGCUGGCCGAGCUGCGGGGAGUGCCACGGGGUCUUUACGAUGGGCCCGUCUGCGAAGUCUCCGUGACACCCAAGACCGUCACACCAGCGUCUUCAGCCAAGACGUCUCCUGCCAAACAGCAGGCCCCACCCGUGAGAAACCUGCACCAGUCUGGAUUCAGCUUGUCCGGUGCACAGAUCGACGACAACAUCCCACGCCGCACGACUCAGCGCAUCGUGGCCCCACCCGGCGGACGUGCCAACAUCACUAGCCUGGGCUAAGGACCGGCCCCUUCUGUGCCCGCCUAGCGGACAAGGGGAGGGGACCGGGGCACCUGGAGACCCUUUUUGAUUCUUUUAGAGCCUGUGACAGUUACUGCGGGCAACCAGUGGGGGGGAGCUGAAAUAAGGCGCCACUUUCAGUCCCCUCAGAUCCCCUCAUCUUCAUUGACCCUUAUCACUUCCCCCUUAGCCCCUACACAUAUGAAGAAAUAAACCCUGUUUUUUGACACCUCUGACAUGGAAAAGUAAAAAGGAUGUUUGAGAGCUGUGGCCUCUGUCCCAUUAAGCAUCUUUCUUUUAAUAAAGGAAGGAUAAAGUGAAUUUCCCGGGAGCUGCCUUUAAGACACACGCAAAAAAAAGGAAUAAAUGAAUAAUAAAUGUAAAAAUUAGCUUUUUUU